UACUUUGGGGACUUAAUCGAAAUACUUGCUGUUUUCUAACACAAAACUUUGGGAAAAUCGCAAAAUAUAUAUACAAAAUUGAUAUAUAUUUUACACGUGUAAAAAAUGUUAAACUUUGUAUCAUUUCAAAGAAAUUUAUCAAUUAAUUCUAUUAAAAUUUCAAGCUAUGAGCUGUAAUAUAGCCACGCAUCUUUCGUGUUUUGGGGAUUUUAUUUUCCCCCACCGAAUGACGUUGUUGUUGAUAGAAUGUUGUGACGAUAGAAACAAAAACCCUGUUGGAGAAGGCUACACAAAAAACUGAACUGAAAAAACUUAAAAAACCAAAGAAGGCGAAGACUUUACAGACAUUCAUGAUUUAAGUGAAUUUGUAUGCAAAUUAAAUCAAAAUGAGUGUUUUCAAUGACUUCCAACGUUUGUGGAUGGAGCGUUUUCCCCAGAGUUCGCUGUCCGAUGCAUGGGAACAGGAUGUUCGGGCCAGCCUCGAAAGGCACAAGUCGAAAAUAAACGAGCUAACCAAAGAACUGGAACAGGAGACAAUGUAUGUGGAAUAUUUAGAACGUUUGUUAUCCGAUGUAGAGAAAUAUCGUGAAUCUGGAGGUGAUCCCACAAGUUUGUUCGAGGCAGCCACCAAUGUGGAUAAUAGCGCAGGGGAUUCAAAAUCUGCUUCCGAUGACUUGGAAACAGGUGGUGAUGAUUUUGCAGCAGACCGAAGUUCGAAGUCUAGUUUGAACUUGAGAGAGUCUAAGAAUGGCACUAAGGAGCAAAACAAUCGAUUAUCACUAAAUACAGAUAACAAAUAUACAGGGACAAGUGGUAGCAGUGGUAAAAAUGGAAAAAAUAAUCUUCCACCAUCAUCGACUUCUAGCGAAGAGCGCACAAGCGAAAAGGAGGAUAAAGAUGUAGGCACCGAAAAGGGCAAAAGAAAUAGUGAUGAAAACGGUGCACUACAUCAGUGUAUAAGUGAACUAGCUGCAUCGAUAGCCUCCAAUGAGGAUAGUACCGCUGCGGAAAAACCUUCCAAGAGCACAUCACAUUUUGUAACAGUUAUUGAAGUGAAGGAAAGCAAGAUAAAUAUGGAUCAAAAUAAUCCUUCAUUGUCAAUGGAUCAGGGAUCAGAUGUGGGAGCUGAUCACAUACCCUCAACAUUUAGUAGUUUCGAAAGGAAGCCUUCGGCGCCACCACUGUCGCCAUCAAUGUCUUCGUCUGCACAUGCAGCCGCAUUAUUAGAGGCAAAUAAGAAAAAAAUGCCUCCUCGUCCUCCACCUAAGAAUAUCCGACGCGUGGAACCACCAACUAUUCCUGGUACUUUGCUGUCGUCUUCCCCCAAACGAGAUAGUGCAUUUGCAGGAAGCUCUAUUCCCCUGCCAUCUAGUUCUGGCAGUUUAUCAUCAUCUGACAGCCCUGCCAAUUCAUUGGAACGCAACGUUAAGCCAUCGGAUAUUUUGCGACAGAAAUCCUCCGAAUCAAUGGAGGGCAAAACAUUUAGCCAAAAUCGAAAGACCACCCCAGAUAUGAAUAAAUUCAUGAACACCACAGAAUUAUUGGAAGAGUUGGGUCAAAAGAUCAGUAAAACUGAAAGUUUGGAAAAGACCAAACGGCCAGAAUUAAGUUACAGUCACAGUCCAACGGGUAGUUUGGGACGAACUGGUCCUAACGUUCAAAGUGUCCCGGGAGUGAAUAGAUCGGCACAGGGAAGACCAGGUGGACACCCGUUGACAGGGUCGUCUCCAACAAGCAGUAUGAACAAAAAUGCCAAACUCACUACAGCUGACAAUUCAUCAACGGGUAGUUUGGAUAAAAAGUCUAGAACGUCAUUACAACCAGGAGAUGCUGACGCUUCUAUCGGCCAGGGACGUAACGUUGGGUCAAAAGAAUCGCUGUCCUCGCAAGGCAUAUCUGAAAUUAUCAAAAGCUAUGAAUCCGUCUCAUCAUUAAGUUCGGAAAGUGUUAGAGCCAAUCAGAUGACAGAGAGUGAACAAGAACAUUUAUAUGAUACCGUGCCAUUGGAUAAUGGCGAUGAUGAGUAUGUCUACAUCAAGCCUGACCGCGCAGGAUCCUUCUCUAGUCGUGACGAUUUAUCAACCCCUGGUAGUGUUAUACCUAUGAGUUCCAACAUACAUUUGAGUAGCCAGGCGAGUUUUACAGAUCCAGAAUCUCCAGGCCGAUCUGCUAAUUACGUGAAUUUUGGAUGUUUCACACAAGAAAACAAUGAAACUCGUUCCAGUUCCAUGGACAGCGACGGAGAGUAUGAGAAUGGUAUGCCCAUUAUGCGCACCAUAUCUCAUGAAGAGCAUAAUACACCAGCCCCAGGUGCUUUGCGAAAGAAUCUUGUUUCAGCAAUACUUGUUUCUGGCAAUCAGCGCGGCAAUAAGAUACGAACAAUCCUGAACAGCAUCAUCCAGAGUGAAACAAUAUAUGUGGCAUGUUUGAAUACAAUGAUCCAGUACAAGAAAGCCAUACACGCAACCUUGGCCACAUCACAGCCUGUGAUCAAAGAGGAGGAGGAGAACACAAUUUUCUUUAUGAUCGAGAAGCUAUACGAGUCACAUUCAUUGUUUUUAAGCGAUUUAAAGACACUUGUAGCUCACGAGGGUGGCGAUGUGCUCAUAGGUGAGACAUUCAAGCGCUUGUCCGAAAUGGUCGAUUUGUAUAGUGCAUUUUUGCACAACUACAAUCAGGCCAUAGAUACGGUUAAGAAGUGCAGUGCCAAUAAUCCGCAGUUCAAGAAGAUUGUUGCGACAAUCGUCUUGAAUCUGCAGACAGAGCAAUCGCUAACACUCGAAGAUCUGCUGCACAAGCCCGUGGCUCGAGUGCAAAUAAAUGCUUUGGUAUUCAACGAUCUCCUGGAAUGUACACCUCCCAAUCAUCCGGACCACCAUCCACUGAGACAUGCGCACGAUACCAUUCACAAAUUCCUCAAGCAGUUCAAUGUGGUCAACCAGAAGCUGCCAACAGAAUCGAAUAAGAAUCUUCGCCGCAUGGUGAAGAACUCAUUCAUUGUGGAACUGGUGGAUGGACAUCGCAAAUUGCGCCAUCUGUUUCUAUUUAACGAUGUUAUUGCUUGUGCCAAGUAUAAGGCAUCAGGUCGGGAUCGCAUUGACUAUGAACUGAAGUGGUUCAUAGCAUUGAAGGAUGUGGCGGUGUUUGAAGAAACCGACGGUGCCGCCGACCUAAAGGAAUCUAGUCCCCCCAACAUUUUGCAGCUAAAAACACAAGCAUGUACUGUCAGAGACCAGCUAUUAAUGGAGGAAAAGGAUGACAAGUCACGCAAGGCGAAUGGCCUAAGAUAUGGAGAUAAAUACCGUAGGAAAUUGGCAGAUCUGGAAUCACAAUUAGUACUGGCCUCACCCAAUUUGGUUUUUAGAAUUGGCAACAAGGCCACCAAUAAAAGCGUCACUUUCUUCUUGAGUUCCGAUUUCGAACGUACACAGUGGAUAGAGUCCAUUUUAAGUUUACAGCAAACUUGUAAUAUUCCCGGUGCCAGUAGCAUAAAUGCCCUCGAGGUACAUGCAUUCAUCGUAGCGAUGCAGAAGAGCAUGAAAACCGAAAUGGGAUCGUAUUUAAUGCGUAAUACCAACGACGAAAGUCUUCUUGUGGGCGAUCUGCAUAUGACUGUGCAGAGUCUUACCGGCCUAGAGAAUCCAGCCGAUUUGUAUAUCAUCAUAGAAGUCGAUUCAUAUGGUCAUUACUUCCGCAAAGCGGGAACCAAAAUGAUAUGUCGAACUAUAAAUCCGGUUUGGAACGAGAGUUUUGUUGUUGAGCUGGAAGGCAGUCAAAACGUGCGCAUAUUACUCUACGCAUUGCAAGAAAGGCCCAUUUUAAAAUCGAAGCAUGUCCUUAAGUUAAGUCGCAGCUGGUUAAAAGAAACACCACAGUCAAGAGUCGUGAAAUUGGGCGAUAACUUAAUUUUGAAUACUAUUUUACAUUUCGUACCUGGUGAAGUGACUUUAAGGCGUGUGCCUACAUCAAAGCCGGGAGCUCUCUUUGGUGCCAAAAUGCAACAAGUUUUAAAACGUGAAAAGCGAGACAUUCCAUUUAUUAUAAGUGCCUGUAUACGUGAAGUGGAAAAGCGUGGUAUGUCCGAAGUUGGCAUUUAUCGUGUCAGUGGUUCCGCAUCUGACUUGGCCAAGUUAAAGAAAUCAUUUGAGACAAAUCCCUACGAAGCCGAACAAUUAUUAAAAGAUGUUGAUAUUCAUUCAGUGACUGGCAUUCUAAAGUCAUAUUUACGUGAAUUACCCGAGGCUCUGUUCCCCGAUGUGUUGUAUCCAAAAUUUUUUGAAACCUUCAGUCGGUUUACCAACAACAACGAAGCCGAACGUAUCAGUGUGCUGUUAGUGGUAUUCGAAGAACUGCCACCGGCUAACAAAGCAUCAAUAAAUCAUAUCUUAGAUCACUUAAUAAGAGUCCAUAAUCGCGAAGCUGACAACAAAAUGUCACUUCACAACUUGGCUAUGGUAUUCGGACCCACUCUACUGAGGCCGGGCGCAACACAAACAAAGCAAAAAGAUCUUUUGGCUUCCAGCACAGUUGAUGUAAUGGCUCAAGCUGGCAUCCUCUAUUGUUUCUUGCAAGCCCGUAUGCAAUAUGAAAGAGAUUCAACAAAUCCAUAAGGAGUGGGAGACAACCGAGGAGCGACCGACCGAAAGCAUUAAAUGCCACUUAUUUGCUGCGCAUGCAGCAUGAUGAUAUAUUUAACGUAUUCCAUAGCUCAAGUAAUAGAGAACAGGUUAUUAUGAAUAUUAGAGGAAAGCACGAUAUUUUUAUAUACUUACAAAUAUAUACAUAUAUAUAUAAUAUGCAUUUUAUGUAAAUAUAAUACAUAAAUCCAAAUGGUUCAGUUUCAUGAGGUAUUAUUGCUAUGAGCUGGCGGAUUCCUAUCUAUAUACAAUCGGAAACUGAUGAAGAAACGAAACAAAAAUGAAACAGUUUCCUGUUGCUUUUGAACAUGUGCGCUAAGAAGAAGACGAUGAGGAAUGAGGAAAUGGAACACAUUAAUAUAUCCAAAAUUAUUAUUAUUAUAAUUAUUAAUAAUUAUACAUUUAUUCUAGUUAUUACAGAUCUAUUGUAUUUAUAAUGAUUUAUGAGAUGCUACACAUAAAUCUAAAUCUAUGCAUUGCGUUCUCGUAUGCAUUUUAUUUUGUCUAAUUAAAACAGCUUCGAAGGUCUUAAAUCUUACCGCAAAUGUUAAAAUUAUAAUAUUCUUUAGACGACCGUAAUCUUAUUUAAACAAUACAGAAAAAAAAUGUAUUCACAAGUGAUGAUACAUAUAAAAAUAAAAUAAAAGAGCAAUAUUUGAAUGGUUGCAAAAUCCAUAUUAA